CAGGCGGCGGCGGGCCGGGCCCUGUGGGGCGGCGCCGGGCCGGAGGGGGCCGAGAGGAGCGAAGGCCUCGAGGCGUAGCUGCGAGGGGGCCGUGCGGACGGCGCCAUGGCGGAGACGAUCAUAAUCCGUGUGCAGUCGCCAGAAGGGGUGAAACGCAUCACAGCCACCAAGAGAGAGACAGUAGCCACGUUCCUCAAGAAGGUUGCAAAAGAAUUUGGUUUCAGGAAUAAUGGGUUUUCUGUCUACACCAAUAGAAACAGGACAGGAGAGAUCACAGCAUCACAAAACAAAUCCCUCAACUUACUGAAAAUCAAGCAUGGUGAUAUGCUGUUUCUGUACCCCUCGAGCCCAGCAGGCUCAUCCUCAGAGACAAUGGACACCUCUGUCUCCCAGAGCUUGCGGCCGGUGGGGGCACCGCAGGUGGUGGAAGAUGACAUCGACCAGUAUCUGAUCAAACAGGAUGGGAAGAUUUAUCGAAAUCGAGACCAGCAGCUGUGUCGCCACGGCCCCUUGGGUAAAUGUGUGCAUUGUGUACCAUUAGAGCCUUUUGAUGAGGAUUAUUUAAACCAUCUGGAACCUCCUGUGAAGCAUAUGUCGUUCCAUGCCUACAUCAGGAAGCUGACCGGAGGGGCAGACAAGGGGAAAUUUGUUGCCCUGGAAAACAUCAGCUGCAAGAUCAAGUCAGGCUGUGAAGGGCACCCUCCUUGGCCAGAAGGCAUUUGCACAAAGUGUCAGCCAAGUGCCAUCACUCUCAACAGACAGAAAUACAGGCAUGUUGACAACAUCAUGUUUGAGAACCACACAAUUGCAGAUCGCUUCCUAGACUUCUGGCGGAAGACAGGAAACCAGCAUCUUGGGUAUUUGUAUGGCCGGUACACGGAGCACAAAGACAUCCCUCUGGGGAUCAGGGCGGAGGUGGCUGCCAUCUAUGAACCCCCACAGAUUGGUACACAGAACAGCCUGGAGAUCCUGGAAGAUCCAAAAGCAGAAGUUGUGGAUGAGAUUGCUGCCAAGCUUGGACUGAGAAAGGUUGGCUGGAUAUUUACUGAUCUGGUCUCUGAAGACACACGGAAAGGGACUGUUCGGUACAGCAGGAACAAGGACACCUAUUAUCUAAGUGCAGAAGAGUGCAUCACAGCUGGAAACUUUCAGAACCAGCACCCCAACAUCUGUCGCCUUUCUCCAGAUGGUCAUUUCGGAUCCAAGUUUGUCACAGUUGUGGCUACAGGUGGUCCCGACAACCAGGUCCACUUUGAGGGGUACCAGGUCUCCAAUCAGUGCAUGGCGCUGGUUCGUGAUGAGUGCCUGCUGCCCUGCCGCGAUGCACCAGAGCUGGGCUAUGCGAAGGAGUCCAGCAGUGAGCAGUAUGUGCCUGAUGUGUUCUAUAAGGACAUAGACAAGUUUGGCAAUGAGAUCACACAGCUGGCUCGUCCUCUCCCUGUCGAGUACCUAAUCAUAGACAUUACUACAACUUUCCCCAAGGAUCCAGUCUACACUUUUUCUAUUUCUCAAAAUCCAUUUCCCAUUGAGAACCAUGAUGUGCUGGGAGAAACUCAGGACUUCCACAGCUUGGCCACCUACCUGUCCCAAAAUACUUCCUCUGUUUUCUUAGACAUCGUUUCCGAUUUCCAUCUGCUCCUCUUCCUGGUCACGAACGAGGUCAUGCCUCUGCGGGACAGUAUCAGCUUGUUGCUGGAAGCUGUGAGGACCAAAAACGAGGAGCUUGCACAGACCUGGAAGAAGUCAGAGCAGUGGGCCACCAUCGAGCAACUGUGCAGCACAGUUGGUGUCCAGCUGCCAGGACUGCAUGAAUAUGGUGCUGUGGGCGGUUCGACACACGCCGUGUCGGCGGCCAUGUGGGCCUGCCAGCACUGCACCUUCAUGAACCAGCCAGGCACGGACCACUGCGAGAUGUGCAGCCUGCCCCGGACCUAGCCUCAGCAGUGCGGCAGCCGACUCCAAUACAGAGCAAACCCUUGAGCAGCAGGAGUGGUGCUUGACCCCUCCCCUUCCCGCUCCAGCCCUCCUUGGUUGCCCCUCUCUUCCUUCCAGGGGCAGCCAUGCUGUCACAUCAUGAGGUGGGCACCCUGGGCUUAGCCUGAUGCUGGCCUCUCACUUCACCUCAGUCUCUGGACGGGCCCUUGCCUAGCAGGGCUCAGGGCGGCUCUGUGUGGGGCCAGCCAGGGCCUAUCCUUCCCUUCCCUCUCCCCUGCCCACAGCAUCCCCUACCCUGCAGAGGAGGCGGGGAGGCAGUGGCAUCUCCCUGCCCCCAGCUUUGCUCCCCGCUCCCCUUUUCCUGCCUUUGUGGCUGGCUGCCGCCAGCCUUGGCUUUCCAGGCAGCCCUGGCCUGGCCAUACCCACAGCUUUUGUGCUAAACAGCCCAUGCGGGGUGAGCAGAUGACUGUUAGCAGUGUUGGACCAGGCAGCAGCUCCGCCGGGCCAGACUAUGUGUGCUGGCAGCGCUCCCAGAGCAGGAUAGGAUCCCUGGCAAUGGGUGAGGGGUGGGCACGUGCCAGCUCACGGCUUGGCGCUGCACCCACAGCCUCGCUCUCUCUGGCUGCAGGGAUGCUACGGCAGCCUGGGUCAUUCCUGGGGGCUGCAGGAAGGCUGUUCCUUCCCCGAAGGCUUUGCUGUCCACUCAGAUAGUGGGGAACGUGCUGGGGGGCCACGUAACUCAGGCCUAUGCUGCAGUACCCACUGAUUUUUGUGCGUGUCCCCCCUGGGCACCGUGCUGGAGGUGGGGGCCGGGCUACACUCUUGCUGCUCUCUCCCUGCUUUAGAGCCUGACUAGGGGCUGCUACGGGGCUGGAAAGGGGCGGGCAGCGCCCUGUGACCCUGUCUCAGGGCUGCCCGACCCCUGGUGAUUCGGGUUUCGGUUCGAUUCCUGGGGCUCCGGUUUUAGCACUGUUUCGUGCCGCUUUGCAGGAGGGAGGCGUGAGGCCCCGUCCUGGCACGGACCCCGGGAUGGGCACGGAGACCCUCGCUGCUGCCCGUGGGCUUUGUCUCGUGCUGAGGAGCGGCUGCCGGCCCCGCCCCGCCGCGGGGCGCUCGGGCUGUGGCUGCGGUUUGCUUUUCCCCUCGGUUUGUUGGUGUUUGGGGUUGCAGCGUUUUGCGGUGCCUGGACCGAACGACCCAGUCGCAAGGGUCUGCGAGUAACGUUGAAUAAAAGCACCUGAAACGAGAGCCGGCGCUGUGCCUUCCUGCGCUCUGUUCCUGGACCGCGGCCGUCCCUCUGGCCGGCUUGGGCGGACGGAUGGACGGACGCUGCCCUCGGCGCCCCGUGCCCUGCCUGCAGCUCGGCCAGGGCAGCCUGUUUGCAAUCAGCAGCACAGCCGCGUGCGGCCGGGCCUCGCGCCAGGCCCGCUUGUUAAAAAGGGACAGCAGCAGCUGCACGGAGCCAGAGCCGGCGGAUCCGAGCCCAGCGAGCAGCCGCCUCGUCUUCAGGCGGGUCCCAGCACAGCCAUGGCGAGGCUUCUCCCCCUCCUGCUCCUCGCGGCUCUGGGCGGUGCGGCCAAGCUGAAGCGCCAGCCGGCGGCGUGGGACGAGCGAGCGGACGGUAACGGCCGGGACCCCUCCUCGGCACGGCCGCCGCACCGGGCGCACGGCCCGCAGCUCGGGGGCUGUCCCGCCCCGUGCAGCCCCGCGCAGCCCCGUCCCGUCCCCGCAGCCGGCCGGGCGCCGCGGGGCUGCGCCAACCUGACGCUCAUCUUGGACAACUGGAGGUUCGCCAUCACCUCGCAGCUGCGGAACCUCCUGCUGUUCCACCACCACACCGUGCUGCCCGACUACGGCCGGAUCCGCGCCCUGUCGGGGGCACUGGAUGAACUCUACGAGGAUUUCAGCGCCCUCAAGGAGCAGCUGGGGCGGCUCUCGGGGCGCUUCGUCGAGGUGGAGGCGUUCGUGGAUCAGCUGAGCCGCAGCCCCGGGCCACGCGUUGCCCCCGGGCCGGGGCCACGCCGCCGGGGAUCGCCCCAACCCGCCCUGAAGUAGCAGCACGGCUCACCCCGAGCCCCGCCGCAUCGCUAAUAAAACCUCGCACCCGCAGCACCGCUGCCUGAU